UGCGAAGGCGACCACGGAGCCACGGACCGCGAAGGUUCCGUCGGCGGGUUAUAAUAUCGAUAAAACUACGGCGACAGCGCUAACGCCAUUCCGUGUCCAAGAACACAGUGGAAGCAUGUGGAAGCUUCUAGAACAUUCCGAGUUCGGCAACUGUACGCAGGCUGCAACUUUUUUUUCUUCUCUUUGUUCCUUUGUUUUUUUACCAUCCCCACUCGCGCCGAUCGCGGUGAUAACAGCGGUGCGGCGGCUAGCGAGCCGGUGACGUAGUUCGUCAUUAGACCAAUGAGAGAAGAAAAGAAAUGGCCCGAACGUAUCAACGCAUGCGCCGAAGAGCUUAGGAUCGCAGUCGUCGCGGGCAUUUAGCGAGCAUCCGGAGGCUCGGGCCGCCAUUUUGCUUUUUCUGUCCACUUCGACGUGCCUCGUCUGGGCUGCCUUCUGCGCCUCACCGUACCUCGAGUCCCUGCUGGUCGUAAUUACGCGCUGACAGUGGCAGCGCUUCUCGAAGUUGCACGCUGCGCACGUUCCCGCCUUCGGCCGACUCUGGAAGCACUGGCUUCAUGCCCCGGGCCUGCAAGACGUGAGGCACGCCUCGAGAGACUUGUAGCCUGACCCACCUGCUGUCUCGGCAAUUCCUGGCCCGGCUUUCGAGCUCCCGGUGUGUAAGUGACCGCCAGCCGGCAUAACUACGUCGCUAUACGCCGACGACACUCCGGUCGAGCCGGCGCAGCGUAUAUAAGCCGCAAGUCUUUCCUGCCGAGUACUCGUUCUUUUGUUUGUGCGCGUUUCCACCCCCCGACGGCGCCGGGACUAUUGAACUGUGGAUGAACUCUGAGCGUGGCCACUAACCCCAGGACCUGCGCGGCAACCCCUCGUCACGGCGAGCGUCGUCUCUACGAGCUUCGCAUCGAGCGUCCUAAACGCUCAAAAGGCCUGUGUGUGUGCACUCUGUGCAUUUUUUUCUAGAUGGUCUAGCUGGCGAGGGUGGCGCAUGCCUUAGAGAAGUUAACUCUUUGUUCAGUUGCACUAGCUAGCGCUCACUAGGGUUGUAUAGCUACACCACAAAAUUGCGUAAAGUUAGUGUUGCUUAGCUGUAAGCCCGAGGUUUCGUGGGCAUGGCUUGCGGCCACACGGGUCUUCUCCGUGCCGGAAUCGAAGAGGACGGGCCACGUGUUGCGGGGUGGCGUUGUAUAGCUUCAGGUUUUAGCUGGCACAGAGGGUUAGCUUACGCUGCGCAGGCAACAGCUGAUAGCCGUCCUCUUACGACUGCGUCAGGGACAUGGACCCAUCCGAACGGCCUUGCGACCCGACCCCACUAUUUCGUGACGUAGAUAGCCCGCGCGCGUGAGUGCGCGUGCUAUCGAGCAAAAUGUGGGAAUGACGGAAGCAAACGGCAUUCGGACAUUACCUCGCCAGCUAUCAGGCACUAACCCGCUCUACGCAGCACCUCGACGCCGGACGUCGCCUGCUGUUCUCGUCGGAGCUGGGCCGGGCAGCAGCUACAAGCAUCACUCGCACCGCGCCCGGUCUACCGUGUUCCCUCGUCGGAGCGGCCUUGUGGCUCUGCACCGGGAUCCCGAGGUCCGCUUUCGAGAUUGCGGACCACGAGUCGGAAGGAUAUCCAGCGUGCUGCUCCACGUUUGCCAUCCUCCCAACGUCCCCCACCGGAGAUGGCCUUGAGCACCCCUUACCGUGGCUGACCGCGUUGGCUCCUUUGCAUUUCCACGUCCAUGGCGUCCUUCUGCUACGGGGAACUUCGUUUGCUACUACUGCCCACGUGUAAGAUGGAUAUCCAGCGUGCUGCUCCACGUUUGCCAUCCUCCUAUCGCCCCCCUCAGGAGAUGGCCUAGAGCACCGCUCGUACCCUGACCGACCGUUCCACUUCGCCGGUGCGGUCUCGCCGGCAGACGAGAGUGCUCGUCACCCUGCUUUGCUACGGGAUCCCGACGUCUGCGUUCGAUUGAAGCCCAUAAGUUUUCCAGUGGGCUGCUCCCCGUUUGUCAUCCUCCCAACGUCCCCUUCGGGAGAUGGCUUAGAGAAUCACUCGUACUCAGACCCACCGUGCUUGUUAAAUUACAUUCCCACACCCAUGGCGUCCUGCUGGCAGUCGGAACCUUGCUCCUCGCCCGCCACUACUGAUGACAGUUUUGGAUGGCUGUGAGCGAGGAGAACGUCCGAGGCAGUUUUGCCAAAAGAUCAGAUGCUUCUGAGCAACCUUCCUUCUACGGCUGUGGCCGUUCGCACAUCGGCCGGCAACUGGACAUCCAAGUCUGAGUGUGGCCACUAACCCCAGGACCUGCGCAGCAACCCCUCGUCACAGCGAGCGUCGUCUCUGCGAGCUUCGCAUCGAGCGCCCUAAACGCUCAUCAGGUGGUCUUUGUGCAUAUUGUAGAUGGCCUAGCUGGCGAGGGUGGCGCACGCCAUAGGGAAGUUAACUGUUUUGUAGUUUUGUAAUGUAUAACUACAUUACAAAAUUGCUUAGCUAUAAGCCCGAGGUUUCGUGGGCCUGGCUUGCGGCCACAUGGGUCUUCUCCGUGCCGGAAUCGAAGAGGACGGGCCACGUAUUGCGGGGUGGCGGCGUAUAGCUUCAGGUUUUAACGGCUUAGCUCAUACUGCGCAGGCUACAGCUGAUAGCCGUCCUCUACGAGUGCGUCAGGGACAUGGACCCUUCCGAAUGGCCUUGCGACCCGACCCCACCAUUUCGUGACAAGGUAGCCCGGGCGCGUCAGUGCUAUCGAGCGAAAUGUGGAAUCAAGGAAGCAAACGCCAUUCGGAAAUUGCCUCGCCAGCUAUUAGCUAUUGCGGCGACCUUACGUCGCCAACGGUCUGGAGCAGAGCCCGGCCGUGCAGCAGCUAUGGUGAGUGGUCCAUUUCUUUGCGGUUCCCGCUGUUCUUUUCUGGUUGUUUACUUUCCUCCUUGCGUCGCAGAUGAUGACCUUGAUCACCGCUCGUGCCGUCACCGACCAUCUUAACUCUUUUGCAUUCCCUCGGUGGGGAAGUGUUCCUGGUGGACUGGACUUCGUUCCUCGUCCGGCACUACUCCAGGUUCCUACGGUCUGCUUCAGAAGUGCGCCAACUGUAGCGGCCCUUACGCAGCCUCGUCGAAAGACUGUCCCCGCAUCAAGAGGGAGCGCGCGGUUCUGAAGCAAAUGGCCAGAGACAAUACGGCUCACAGGGAGGCAGCCGAAGUAGUCCGACGUCGACGUCGACACCAUCGUACGUCUUCAAACAAGGCGCAUGCGCGAAGCGAUAUUACCCGCUCCACUACGGUACCACUUAGUCGCGCCGCGAAAGGGCCCAACACUUCCACGAGGGAAUCAGAUAAGACUCUUCAAUUCUUUAGAUGAAUGGCCUACGCUACCGAGCCGCUCCCCUGCUAAGGAACCUCAGAAGGCCGCGGCCCCACCGGAGCGUUCUCUGGCCAUUGAUGAGUCACCUAAGACAGAUCGUCAAGUCAUCUCGGUGCUACGUUCCCUCAUGGAGGCCAUCCGAAUGAUUUUAGUGGACAUGGGGACACCGUCUGCUCGAAGCGCAAUUAAAGUGCUGGACGCCUUAAGCCCAGUGCUUGAUCCCUCAACUAGAAAGAUGGCUACCCAUACCCCAUCCUUCCGAAAAGAAACCAAGGCAGCGUCCAUCAUCUAGUGGAACGCCAGAGGGCUGAAAUCACGAAUUUCAGAUUUCCUUCAGUAUGUGUACACCAAUGUUUCUACUCAUCGUCAUUUGUGAGCCCAACUUGUAGAAACCAAUCAGACUGUCAGGAUACGAAUGUAUCAUGUCAUCAACAAAUUGUGCAUGCAGCAAAAUUAUCGUUUUUUUCGUCGUGAACUCGCUUGUUUUGCAACCAAUUGCGCCCCACGACGACGAUCUAUAUAUGCAUCACAUUUAAAAAAAACUCUUGUUUACUCUCAUAGGCGUGUAUAUAUCGCCUUCCAGCAAUUUCGAUACUAAGAUUAGCGGAUAUCUCGAGUGUUUGUCCCGCCCCAUGGAUCAUCAUAGGAGAUUUCAAUGCACACCAUCCAGCAUGGGGAAGUAGAAAGACAAAUGCAAGAGGACUAAGAUUAGCAAGCAUCGCCUACAACUAUGGCCUUACUCUCUUGAACGAUGGUAACCCCAUCUUUCUUCGAGGCGUGACAUACGGCAGCUGCCUCGACCUUGCUUUCAUCUCUCUCUAGCCAGAUGUAUGAAGUGGUUUCCAGAUAUUGAGACACAUGGGAGUGACCACAUUCCCACCUAUCUGAACAUCAAAGGCUUGUCGUCUAGAUCUGGCCCACGGAAUACCAUUCGGACAAUUCAAUGGGCCAGCUUCAAAUCUGAUAUGGAAGAUGCCUGCCGCGAGGGCCUACCCUCUGGGUUAGAGCAAACAAUUAAAAAUACGAUGCAAAGCGCCACUCGCAUGCUGACGAUCUGUUACAUGCGAAACGACUUAGACAUAGAAUUAGAGCGACUUCGAGCACUUCGUCGCCGCGUGGAACGUCGAUAUCGGCGUACAAAAUCAAUCCAUAACCUUAGGGCAGCCAGGAGGAUUCAAAAGAAGAUUCAGCGUCGAAUGGAUAGAUUAGCGUCGGAAUGUUGGGCAACGUUUUGCCAGACACUCGACCCCCGCAAGCCACUGUCUCACAUUUGGAAAACGGUGCAAGGUCUGCGUUGCCUUCCGUAACAGCGUUUUCCAUUCAAGGCGCUCGCACUUUACCAAGGGCGGCAAGACAUCGAUGUCGCAGAAGACUUUUGUGCGCAGAUGGCAGACCAAGCGGCACGUCCAGAUCCUGCAGCCCGAGAUGACGUCCCCCAUUCCCGUGAUUGCCGCAUGGACCUUCCUUUUACAAUGGAGGAGCCCGAGGCGGCACUAGCUCACUGCAGGCGCUCAUCAUCUCCGGGUCCAGAUGGUAUAUCCUACCGAGCCUUGUGCUAUCUCGGAGAAUCCGCACGCAUAGCAUUGAGUCUUUACAUCUCAUGGCAAGAGGGAAAUGUUCCUGACGAAUGGAAAGUCAGCCGCCUGGUGCCAAUCUUGAAGCAGGGCAAAUCCCCGCUAGAGCUCACCUCUUACCGCCCAAUAGCGUUGGCCAGCUGUGUAGGAAAGAUAAUGGAACGGAUGAUCCUUGACCGCCUGGAAUGGUACCUUGAAUACAAGAUUUAUCCGAAUUCUAUAGCUGGUUUGCGACGUGACCGCUCUUCCAUCGGCAAUGUAGUUGAUCUCGUUUCAUAUGUCCAGCACGAAAGGUCCCGAAAACGUUUAUCUGCAACUUUAUUUUUAGAUGUGCAAGGGGCAUACGAUAACGUAUUACAUCAGGCCAUGCUCGACGCUCUUGUGACGGUUGGCCUAGUUGGUCGAGUAUUUUUGUGGAUUGCAAGUUACUUAUCUGCAAGAUCAUGUGUUAACUGACGAUGGCCCAACGUCUCGACGCUAUACCAGCAGGGGCGUUCCUCAAGGCGGUGCUCUCAGCCCAACGCUAUUCAACCUCGCUCUUAUUGGGCUUGCUUAAUACUUGCCAACUACCACCAACAUUUCAAUACACGCAGAUAUCUGUGUCUGGACUUUGGCAGUCACACGUCCUCAGAUACGUACACGGCUUCAAAGAGCGGCUACUUUGACAGCGAGCUACUUGUGUGAACAAGGUCUCAGCAUAUCACCAGAAAAAUGCGCCGUAGUGGCAUUUACUCCCAAACCAAUGACGCCUUAUGUCAUCUCAAUCAAUGGGCGGACCAUUUCCUAUGUCGGAGCCCAGAUGUCAUGGCAUAAUUAUCGACCGCGACCUCUGUUGGAGCCCGCACGUGGCUUACAUUGAAACGGCGCCUGACAGCAACUUCCCAGUUUAACUACUUGACGGAAAGACGUGGGGAAUGUCAGUUGACGCAAUGAUGAAACUCUACAGAGCUCUUUCUCGGUUUUUAAGAUAUUGUCUAUACCUGUAGUGAAUAACACCUGCAAGACUUAUUCGUGUUCUGCAGGCAGCACAAGAUCAAGCACUCAGUUUGCCUUGGUUUGCCCAGAUGCACGUCAACAGAGGCUAUUGCGAUUGCUCGGGACCAUCCAAUGGUAACUCGCAUCACGGUGGAAGCCCUGAGAACGUACAUCAGACAUUUUGCACGUGCCCCCUAUCACCACCUUGCAAAACUAGCUUCAGACAGGCACCAAUCAUCCUUCUCUAAAACUAUCGUCAAGUACAAAGACAAACUUCCCUCGGGCUUCACCGCUGCAUCUAAACCAUCGAUACACCCUUGGUGUCUUGUCAGCCCCACAGUCCAUCUCACCGUACCAGGAAUCGGGAAAAAGUCUGAGCUGUCGUUGCCUGUGCUGAAACAACUGUCUCUGCUUCUUCUGCACGAGGUACGCGGACAGUACACAUUUAUGCUGAUGGUUCCACACACAUCCAAUGUUCUUCUGGUGCUGUGGUCGUCCCAGCAAGAGGUAUUACCAUCAGCUUUAGGACUGACAACCCAACAUCAUCUGCGGAACUAACUGCUUUUCGCGCUGCAUUUUGUUUCGUCAAUAGGGAACCAUCUCCACAAUGGUCAAUUUUCAGCGACUCAAAGGCAGCCAUACAAUCUGUGCUAUCAGCCCUGCGUCGCGGGUCAUUCGAACAGCUCAUGCUCGAUAUUAGAUGUCUACUCCAUACAUCACAUGAGAAAGGACAACACGUGACGUUUCAGUGGCUGCCAAGUCACUGCGGCGUCAUAGGAAAUGAAGACGCCGAUAAAGCCGCUCGGACAGCUCUUGAAGACACACAGGAAUAGGCCACACCACUUUCACGGUCCGACGCAGCCAGCAGACUUCGAGUGCUUGCACCGAGAUCACGCUCUCUAUGGUGCACACCAAGCAGCCAAACCAACCGGCGCAAUGGUCAACACGACCUGCCCUCUUUGAUGCAUCUCUGUAUGUCAACUGGGCUCCGCCGAAGUGAGGCCACCCUGCUUUAUCGCUUAUGGCUGGGGGUGGCCUUCACGAAAUCUUAUUCGUUUCGGAUUAGAAUGGCCGACAACGCUCUCUGCUAUGCCUCUGUCUUUGCGAGGGGACGCUGGAACACAUUCUGUGCGACCGUCCUGAAUAUAUUAUUCAGAGACAGUCCCUGGCGUCCGUUCUAGCGCACCUUGAGAAUAGACUAUUGUCAUUGCAACUAUUUUCACAUAUUGCCGACAGAAGACAUCGCAGCUGAAGGUGACAAAGGGAUUACUUCGGUUUAUGAAGGAGACCGGCUUGGACAAGCGGCUGUGACAAUGAUGUCCCGUACCGCGCAAGAGUGACAGACUAAGUAUGUGUGUGCCGUGUUAUGUGCUGUCUAUCUCUUCUCCCCAUCUUUCAUCCCCUCCAUCCCGCUCCCAUGUGUAGGGAAGCAAACCGGUUAAGCUAAACCGGUUAACCUCCCUGCCUUCCUUCUCCACUUUUCCUUCUUUCGUUCUUACCGUCUUUCCAUUGCGGCUAUUCACAAGCAUAUCCAGCGGGCGGUUCUACACAUCUAUUUUCCGGCCGUGUUACGCCUGCAUUUUUCUCGCUGGUAGCUUUCAGCUGGGAGACGCAGAUUCGUUCAGCUCCCUGCACUACUUCUGACAGGUACCAUGUUUACACUCCAAUGGUACUACGGUUGUUUUCUCGUGUGGCGGAUAAGCCCUGUGGCAUUUAAGGUUCCGAACGUCUGCUUUUGAAUUAAGCAGUGUUUUCCUCUGACGGCUAUGGUUACUGUUCUCUGUGCUCCUUGUCUUAAUCCUGUUGCUACACCUUGCCGGCUCCGCAAGUACACACUUUGUGGGCUUUCGAUGAAAUUUGCUGUCGAAUGUAUUUAUUAUGCAGACCUUCGAGGUUAGGUUUAUGUUUCGGAAAACUUCGCCACACAGUUUCCAAAACGCUUUUGUAUGUCGCUCUCCCAGUAAGACGACGUUGAAUUUCUUCCGUUCCUGGUUAUAUUUCUUAGCUGAUUUCAUUUCCUCACCCGUAAUUUAUUUCGUCUACUCGAAGUGCCACAUUUUUCACAAUGCUUUGGUAACUCUACGUAGUCUUCACUUUUGUCGAAGGUUGCCCUCCUAUUCUUCAAUGUUUCCUCCAAGUUUUCUGGUUCCGCCCAUCGGCCCCGCAGAAGUUAGAGGAAUAGGUUCUCCAAUUCCAUCGUGAAUUUGUGUGAACGAUUGUUUUUUAAUGAUACCACCUACUUCCUAUAUUCGGGUAUAUAGUUCCCCAUUAUGCAGUACCCAUCCACCGAUCGCUUUCCGCAGUAGACUUGAAAACUACUGAUGAGCCUCUCACAGAAACCGCCCCCACAAGGUGUUUUGUGGAAGAAAUUUCUACUUUGUGAUAGGUCAUAAAUUGUUCAGUUGUUAUCGACGUGAUGUUGCUGUGACCGCAUUGAAUACCUUAUUCGUUCUCCUGAAAGUCUUGCAUUGUUGCUGAGCACAUUCAUGUUAGAGCUGAGAAACACCGAAAAUGCAGAAAACCGAUGUGAAGCGCCUCGAACGGUUUCGCAAUGUACCUCUUGUCACGGCAAAUGUGAAAGCUGGUACACAGUUUGGCUGUCUCCUUACUUUUUUUGUAGUUGCUCCCAGCGCACCGUUGAAACAUAGACCAGCUAUUUCAGACUGUGGUCUUAGUUACUCACCCUCAAGAGGAAGUUCUUGCUCUUACGACGAUCUGGAAUUGCAUUUUCGCCACACAACGCACUGUCGUAUUUCUUUCACGUAUACGCGACAGUGUACCGCGUACUCCACCGUGAAGAUUGUUCAUAUAUGCGUCGCACUAAUAGUCAACGACCUAUUCCAUUUACACGUGAUCGGAUGCUGCUCGUCUUGUGAUACAGGCCCUACCGAAAGCGCCCUUGAAGUAUCAUUGGGUCUUUAUCUUAAUAUUCCUGGUAUUCGCCUACUGUCUGCACAUUCGCUUGCUUGCUGAAUUUCUGCAAUUUUUCAAUAUACACACUUUGUUCUAGCCAAAUCAGACAGGUUUCGUCGGUAUUUAUUUUUUCUGCUUUUAGUGGACCGUAGAACUUGUCAUGUAUUAUUCACGGAACGAAAGAUUCACGUUGUUCCUCUCCAAAUAUUCAAGUAACUGCCGAACUUGUCAACUUCAGUGCCUGGUCUUGAGAUCCUUUUCGACGUAUAUCUGACACGAGAAUCAUCUCCUUUCUUUUCAUUAUCCGGCGUUUUGUAACGGCUAUUUUGCCUGCAGCAACUGGGAUCUCUUCUACAAAAUUGUUCACUACGACAUCUUUUCUGCGUUCACUCCUGGUUAUACCUGCUCGAAUCUUCACUUCUAUUGACUUAUCCCUAUUGUUCUACUGAGUAAGUCUUUUUUUUCUUCUGUGUUCAACGGGUGCUUUAUGCAUUUUCUUUCUCCAAUGCAGCGCAAUUGUACAAGUGGUCUAAUACUUUACUGUUGCUCGCAAGUUCUAAUUUGCGAGACUGACGACGGUGUUCAUUAGAGCUACUUUUCUUUGCCAGGACCAGCAGUGUCUCCACUCUGAUAUAACAGUACCAUGAAUGCUGCACUUGAAUACACCACCGCGCUUGCAUCCGAUAAGUGUCGAUGCUUACGUUCCAUUUUCUUGUUGUCGAUGCGCUCUUGAGGCAUUCAGUCCUUUAUCUUCCUCGGUAUAUUUCUCCAUAGAUCAAUUACGUUCGUCUGGGAGAAGGUUGUCCCAAGAUUCCCGUUUUUCCCGUCAUUGAAUACCGAUAUUAGCUGUUACAGUGCAGGACGUUAGAAAUUCCAACCAACCGAAUAUUUUUGCCCUGGCUUCGUUGCCCUUCGUUGGCAUUUCACUCGAGUCUUCGUAUCGAUAUGAUAGCAGCAUACCGUCGGCCAUGUGCCAGUUCAUUCCUAGAAUACUGGUCUGGCUUGAUCACGUAAGAACGGCACCUUGAUGCGCAUUUGCAUUCUCAUUUCUUCACCGUUUGAUGUCCCUUUGCAAAUCAUUGCAGCACGGCGAAUUUUUUCUUGCUUCUGCCUUCACGGCUUCCGCCUGGUUUCUUAUGAUCCAAGCAUAACUUGAUCAUCGCAAACUUAUUUACGUUUGCUGUCAUUGCAAGAAUUUCUUCCAAAACUCCUUAACAAUGUUGCUACAUCUGCAUUCAAAUUUCCUCCUGGCUGAAGAUAAUAAUUCAGAACAUUCCUGAUCUUAAUCACGAGGCGUCAAAUACUACGCCUAAUUUUCUUGCUAGUAGGUCUUUUCGAAUUGCUUCAUAGCGCGAUAUGGUAGUUAUUGUUCAGAUUCUUCCGAGCACGCUCGCUUUUCCAUUCCAAGCGUGAAACAUCUCGCAUUGAACAGCCGUAUUUUUAUCUCGGUACUGAAUUCGUCUGUCUUCGAGAUCGUCUUCCGAUUGCCACUUCGUCGAUUUCCACGUUAACUUGCUCUAUCCUUCUGAACAGUCCUUGUGACUACAUAGUCCACUUCAUGCAUCGUUUCUUUCUGAGGAGCUAAGCCAGUAUAUUCCACCAUCAAAAAGGUGAAAAUGGAAGUCACCAAUUUCUGUGGCGUCAAGAACCAUGGCGAGUUUAGCGUUUCGCAGCUCUACACCACAUGGGUCAGGCACGAUCCAGUCGGGCAUUUUCGAUUUUCCAUUGUAUCUUCGUUUCGUCUUUCUACUGGGCUUCCCUCCUGAUCUCCACUACUGGUUCUACAAUCCUGUUUUCAACUGCGGUCCUCAAGCGCACCCAGCGUGACCCUGCACUACACUACGGUCUGCGCUCCAAAAUAUUACUUUGGCUACGAGCAUCACCUGUUCCAGCAGCGACCACUACUGCUUCUACAUUCCCUUGCCAGUGGCGUCCUGCUGGUAGACUGGACGUGUCUCCUCGCCCUGCACUACUAAUGGUUAUGCAAUCCUGUUUCCAACCGCGGCCCCAAAGCGUAUCCAGCGUGCCCCUGCACUACUCUAUGGUCUGCGCUCCAAAAGAUUACUUCGGCCACGAGCAUCACCUGUUACAGGAGCGGCUCAUACUGCUUCUACAUUCUCUCGCCGGUGGCGUCCCUCGGGCAGACUGGACUUGUUUCCUCGCCCUGCACUAUACUGGUUCUGCAAUCCUGUUUUAAACUUCAGUCCUCAAGCGUACCCAGCGUGCCCCUGCACUACUCUACGGUGUGCGCUCCAAAAGAUUACUUCGGCCACGAGCAUCACCUGUUACAGGAGCGGCUCAUACUGCUUCUACAUUCUCUCGCCGGUGGCGUCCCUCGGGCAGACUGGACUUGUCUCCUCGCCCUGCACUAUACUGGUUCUGCAAUGCUGUUUUAAACUUCAGUCCUCAAGCGUACCCAGCGUGCCCCUGCACUACUCUACGGUGUGCGCUCCAAAAGAUUACUUCGGCCACGAGCAUCACCUGUUCCAGGAGCGACUACUACUGCUUCUACAUUCCCUCGUUAGUGGCGGCCGUGUUGGAAGACUGGCUGUCUCAUCGCCCUGCACUACUACUGGUUCUGCACUCCAGUUUUCGAUUGCGGUGGGUAUCUAGCACGCUUCUGCACAUUGACUGUACGGACUGUGCCUGAAAAGACUACUUCGGCCACGAGCAUUACCUGUUCCAGGAGCUACCACUACUGCUUCUACAUUCCCUCGCCAGUGGCGUCCUGCUGGUAGACUGGACUUGUCUCCUCGCCUUGCACUACUGCUGGUUCUGCAUUCCCGUUUUCAACUGUGGUCCUCAAGCUUACCCAGCGUGCCCCUGCACUACUCUACGGUCAGCGCUACAAAAGAUUACUUCGGCCACGAGCGUCACCUGUUACAUGAGCGACCACUACUGCUUCUACAUUGGCUCGCCAGUGGCGUCCUGCUGGUAGAGUGGACUUGUCUCCUCGCCCUGCACUACUACUGGUUCUGCGUUCCUGUUUUCAGCUGCGGUCCUCAAGCUUACCCAGCGUGCCCCUGCACUACUCUACGGUCAGCGCUACAAAAGAUUACUUCGGCCACGAGCGUCACCUGUUACAUGAGCGACCACUACUGCUUCUACAUACCCUUGCCAGUGGCGUCCUGCUGGUAGAGUGGACUGGUUUCCUCGCCCUGCACUACUACUGGUGCUGCACGCCCAUUUUCGACUGCGGUGGGUACUUGGCAGACUCUCCGUUCUGCACUCAUAAAGAGCACCAGUAUCAGCCGUUCCAUGAGCGACUGCUAUUGCUUCUACGUUUUCUCGCGGACGGCGUCUUGCUGGCAGAAUGGACUUAGCCUGGCGCCCUUGCACUUAUUUCUGGUUCCCAGUGUUGGCUGUCGCUUGUGGCGCAAGAGAAAUGUUCCAGCACGCUCAUUUACAAGAACGUCCCUGGCCUUUCCUCACGAGCAACCAUCUUCAGCAAGGUCGUCCUGCCGCGUCCUCGAUACAACAGGCUUCCUCAUUCUCGUGAACGUGUCGCACGUCUGUCAUGGUGGUGUCCUGCCCUGUGUGGACGGCGUUUUCAGGCUCUGAAGGACUGCGUUUCGUCACCGUCCCGCGACCGUCCAUCAGAUGUGCUCCUGCAGUUCUGUUGCCCUUUGCACAGGCGUAUUUAUGAAGUUGAGCGUAGGAAGCUUUCUGCUUUGGAAGAGGGGUACGUUGCUCUGCGACUGGACGGCGCUUCUAGGAAUCGGGUUGAUACGAAGCAGAACAAUAAGAAAAAGGUCUGGUUAAGUGGACACCACACAGUCCUUAAUAAGGGAUGUCAAUGUUUUCGUGAGCCGAUCUGUAAAUUUUUGGUGGCGAGAGUAAUGGACAUUCAUUGACAUUGUGCACUUUUAUAGUAGCGUGUGUGUGUGUGUGUGUGUGUGUGUGUGUGUGUGUGUGUGUGUGUGUGUGUGUGUGUGUGUGUGUGUGUGUGUGUGUGUGUGUGUGUGUGUGUGUGUGUGUGU